UUUUAUUGAACUGUGGUUUUUUUUUUUACAUUUAUUAAAAUGAAUCUUGAACUUAUUAUUUUAACAUUAUCUUUGAUUCAAUACAAUAUUAUCUCUGUAGAUAAUAAAAUCUAUAAAAUAAAACAAAAAAAAUAUUUAAAUUAUUUAAAUGAAGUAGUAGAUCAUAUGUGUACUCAAAAUGGAUGGCAAACUAUGGAAAACUUAUACUUAAACAUUGAUCCGAUGGGAAAUAUAAAUGUUCCAGAUUUAAUAGGACGACAAUUGAACAGAGAUAAUUUGCUUUUUACCUUCUAUAUUAUUGUUCAUAUUUUAAACUACAGUUAUAAUGAAGUACUUUUAGUAUUCGUUAAAUUGUUAAAUAUUAUUGUUGAUGUAUGUAAACACUUUUUGGACGCCGAAUUAUUAGAAAAUUUUUCUAAUUGUACUAAAGUACUCGAAAAAUCAGUAAAAGAUUCAUUGACAAUGUUUGAGAAUUUAUAUAAUGCUAUUACAUUCAUAAGAUAUAUAGACCUAAACUUGAAAAAUCUAAAAGUUGAUGUAUUACAAAAUUAUCUGUUCACAACAGACGACGACAUAUAUGACAUAAAAAACCACAAUUUUUUUAAAAACGUACAAGACGAUAAUUCUUAUGAUUAUCUUCAAGUCUUUCUUGAUGUUAGUGAUUUCAUUGUUAAUGUAUCUAAAAUUGCAAAUAAUUUUUUUGAGAAAUAUAAAUUUAUUCAAAAUAUUUAUGAGAAUACAGAUUUUAAAACUACAUGUGAAAUAGAAUAUUCAUCCCAUAUGAUAGAUUCACCGGAUUUUAUUUCAUUCAUGUAUCAAAAGGUCAAUUCGUUUUACACUGAAACAAUAAAGAACAAUUACGAGGAUCUUGGGUUUAUUCAGUUGAUAAAUCCAACAAUUGAUAAAUUUAAACCUCCGGCAGACGAAUAUAUUAAUCAAGAAGUUGUAAUAACGUUCCUUAAUAUAUUACUUCGUGAGGGUAGUUGGAGUUCAUUUAACCACAUAGAAAUACAAUAUGACGAUUUGAAAAUAUGUGCUUCGCGUAUUUUUAGAGACCCGGUGACAGAUCAUAAUUUUCAUCUUAAAAAAAAUUACUUCGCACAAAUGAUGAGAUGCAGAUUUUUUGAAGUGCUUCUAAUUUACAAUUCAUCAUUAUCUAUCUUUAAAGAAUUAUGUGAAAAUAAAAUAUUAAAAAGAAACUUAAAUUAUUAUGUAAAAUGUGUAACAAGUCUUUUUGGCGUAAUUAAUGAUACAGUUAAAAUGUUUGAUUUCAUGCUGACAAUUUUAGAAAAAAUGAAACUAUCAGCAAUUUGGCCACCCUAUAAUUCAUAUUCUAAUGUAAUUUCAACUCAAGAUUUGAUUUAUAAGUACGUUACUGAUCUUAAAAUGAAUAAUGUAGUACGAGAUAUGUUCGUAAACAAACCUGGAGUACCUAUUGAAAAAAUAGCUAAUGAUUACGUUAAAUGUUUUAUUUAUGCAAGAUAUGAUACUAGAAAUAUGCUACGUAGUUAUAAAUUUCAAAUAAAAAAUCACUGUUAUUCAAAAGACUUAAUUGAGACUACGAACGAUCUGAAAAUUAAAUUUAAAAAUACUGCAUCUUUUAUUAAUGAAACAAUGUCAAAUGAUUCUCGUGUCUCCGAAUAUGAAAUAAUUUCGAAAUAUUUAUAUGACUUAUGUGAACAUUUUAUUAGAACUAUUUCCGUAGAUACAGGUUUUCAUAAAAUACAUCAAAAUUAUUUUUGGACAUGGGAAUAAUGCUCUUUUGUUUAUUAAAGUAAAAAAUAUAAAAUUUAUAUGAUUGAA